GUUGCUAAUCACUGCUAGCCGUCAAACUAGCCGUUACACUCGGAGAAGGGCGGAGAGGACUUUCGGUGCCGCAUGUUUUUGUGUAAAGGGACAUUUCUAUCAUGGCAGAGCUGCACAUAAUAGGCCAAAUCAUCGGGGCGAGUGGUUUCCCACAAAACAGCCUAUUUUGCAAAUGGGGAGUUCACACAGGAGGAGCAUGGCGUCUUUUGUCGGGGCUGAAGGAGGGUCAGACCCAGGUGGAUAUCCCCCAGAUAGGAGACAUGGCGUAUUGGAGCCACCCGAUUGAUCUGCACUACACGACCAAAGGACUCCAAGGCUGGCCGAAGCUUCACCUCCAGGUGUGGCACCAGGACUCUUUCGGCCGCUGCCAGUUGUACGGGUACGGGUACUGCCACGUCCCGUCGAGCCCCGGACACCACCGGAUAAGCUGUGUGACCUGGAGGCCGCUCGGCUCCUGGCAGGAGCAGCUAACGCAAAUGUUUGUCGGCGGAGGUCCUCAGCUCCGCAGCCCGGACCUCAUAUACAGCGGGGCGGACAGAUACAGACUGCACACCGAAGCAAUGGGGACCGUGGAGCUGGAGCUCGGUAUCAUCCUGAGGCACUUUGACAAAUAUGGCGUCGAGAGUUAACACAGUGAAGUAAAAAGAACUUAAGAAACGUCUGAGGGAUUUUAUAUCGUGCCGGUGGAGGGCUUACAUAUCUUAAGUAAAGUUUUUUUUACUUUUCUAAACUACUUUAGUGAUUUUUACACACCGACCUUAGAUAUGUAAAUAAAGGAAAUAUUGUCUUAAUGAAGUUGGUUUCUUGUUGGUAUGUCAUUAUCAGACCGUUGUCGCUCAGUGUCAAAUGUGUUACUUUUUGUUUUGUAACGCACCAUUUCAAAAUGUAUGUAAAAAUCUAAUGGACAUUAAUGUUUUGGUCUUUCAGUAGCAUUUAAACACUGGAUUUCUUUCAAAAAGACGGAAAAACAUAAAGAACAACUUGGCUAGAUGUGCUGCACAACCUGCAAAACAAUAGUAAAUGGUGACAAAAGACAAUAAUAGAUAUAUAUUUUUUUAAAUAU